AUGAUCAACGACGUGCAGCUCGCUGCGCUCAGCAACUGGCUCGGAAGCCUGGGCAUGGUCCUCAUCGUCGUGUACCAUCUCUUUUCAGUCAAUGCCAAGCGCAUAGAGGCCAGGAACAACGCGGCAUCAACAGCAGCAAGGGGUGGUAGCGUCGUCCGAUGA